AUGAAGCACAAGCUGCUCAACUGCACCAUGCAUUGGAGCUCUGGGGACCCAGGCAAAAAGAAACAGCACAUCUGUCACAUGCCAGGCUGCGGGAAAGUGUACGGGAAGACAUCUCACUUGCGAGCUCACCUUCGGUGGCAUACUGGGGAGCGGCCCUUUGUGUGCAGUUGGAUGUAUUGUGGCAAGCGCUUCACACGCAGCGAUGAGUUGCAGCGACACAAACGAACACACACAGGAGAGAAGAAAUUUGCCUGCCCAGAGUGUCCCAAGCGCUUCAUGAGGAGCGACCACCUCUCCAAGCACAUCAAGACCCACCAAAACAAGAAGGGAGUCGCCCCCAACAGUAUGCCAAUGGACGUCUCCAUGGAUCCAGGCAUUUCUGCGGAGGGCGCUGCCGGGGCCACGCCGUCCGCCCUCAUCGCGACCAACAUGGUAGCCAUGGAGGCAAUCUGCCCCGAAGGCAUCGCGCGCCUGGCCAGCAGCGGCAUUAACGUCAUGCAAGUGGCAGAUCUUCAGUCCAUCAACAUCAGCGGCAAUGGAUUCUGAGGCCGCGCCACCUGCCCCACGGAGGCGUUGUGCGAACGCAGGAUUCUCAAGGUAGCAAUGGGUCCAAGAGAUCAGGUCUUCUCAUUGCGCAAGUGAUGGAGGACCGGGGACUCAGCUGCUCCGCCAGCCCUCCAAAAUCCCAAUUUGGUCUCCCAGGAACGCUGCGUGCAGAAUACGGCCUGCUGCUGUUGAGGGUGGCCCUCAGAUGCCUGGUGUUCUUUACCUGGGGAAAUGAGGACAGGCCAGAGUUCUUUGACUUAUUUGUAUUGUUCUCCCCUUCCCCUCCCCCCCUUUAUAAAAGUCUAUUCACCCUCACUGUUAGGUACCCCAGAUACCAUCAUGCCUUGGUCCUAAAUGUAUAUGAUCACUGAAAUACUUUUUAGCAGAAACAAAUUCUAUAUUAUUAUUAUUAUUAUUAUUAUUAU